GGGAAGUGAAUUGCUGAUGCAAAGGGGACUUGAUUCAUUAAUGAUGCAACCGGAUUCGUUUCAGGAUUAUGUUGCACCAACUGAAUUUUGAAUGAAGGGAUUUUUUUUUUUUGAAAGAAGUGUUGACUCUUUAACUCGUUGUACUUUUAAUUGUUAUUUUAUUUAAAUAUACGAAUUAAUUGUAUUCUUUUAAAAAUAUUAAAUAUAUAUUUUAUGGAAACUUACCAUCAAAGUAUAUGUGUAUGGGUGAAAUUGAAGACGCUUCCGUUAAGUGAGGUUACUGGCGUGUUGGGUGUUUAAUUCAGCACCGGCAUUGCAUGACAGUUGUUGGAAUAACAAGUGGUUUAUUUUUAAAACCACACCUUGACAGAUUUAGGUUCAAAUAGUAACAGUAAAAAAUCGUUAUAGCAAUUAAAAGAAAACCAGCAGAAAUCGAAGUAAACAUGUCCGGAGAAGUGCGUUUGAGGCAGUUGGAGCAGUUUAUUUUGGAUGGGCCAGCCCAGACCAAUGGGCAGUGCUUCAGUGUAGAGACCUUACUGGAUAUCCUCAUCUGCCUUUAUGAUGAAUGCAAUAAUUCUCCGUUGAGAAGAGAGAAGAAUAUUCUUGAAUACCUAGAAUGGGCCAAACCAUUUACUUCUAAAGUGAAACAAAUGCGAUUACAUAGAGAAGACUUUGAAAUAUUAAAGGUGAUUGGUCGAGGAGCAUUUGGGGAGGUUGCUGUAGUUAAACUGAAAAAUGCAGAUAAAGUAUUUGCCAUGAAAAUUUUGAAUAAAUGGGAAAUGCUGAAAAGAGCUGAGACAGCAUGCUUUCGUGAAGAGAGGGAUGUGUUAGUCAAUGGAGACAGUAAAUGGAUAACAACCCUGCACUAUGCUUUCCAGGAUGACAAUAACUUAUACCUGGUUAUGGAUUAUUAUGUUGGUGGGGAUUUGCUUACUCUGCUCAGCAAAUUUGAAGAUAGAUUGCCUGAAGAUAUGGCUCGAUUUUACUUGGCUGAGAUGGUGAUAGCAAUUGACUCAGUUCAUCAGCUCCAUUAUGUACACAGAGAUAUUAAACCUGACAAUAUAUUGAUGGAUAUGAAUGGACAUAUUCGUCUAGCAGAUUUUGGGUCUUGUCUGAAGCUGAUGGAAGAUGGAACGGUCCAAUCCUCAGUGGCAGUUGGGACUCCAGAUUAUAUUUCUCCUGAAAUCCUUCAAGCUAUGGAAGAUGGAAAAGGCAGAUAUGGACCUGAGUGUGACUGGUGGUCUUUGGGGGUCUGUAUGUAUGAAAUGCUUUAUGGAGAAACACCCUUCUAUGCAGAAUCUCUGGUGGAGACAUACGGAAAAAUCAUGAAUCACAAAGAGAGGUUUCAGUUUCCAGCCCAAGUGACUGAUGUGUCCGAAAAUGCUAAGGAUCUUAUUCGAAGACUCAUUUGUAGCAGAGAACAUCGACUUGGCCAAAAUGGAAUAGAAGACUUUAAGAAACAUCCGUUUUUCAGUGGAAUCGACUGGGAAAACAUUAGAAACUGUGAAGCGCCAUAUGUCCCAGAAGUUAGUAGCCCAACAGAUACAUCAAAUUUUGAUGUGGAUGAUGACUGUUUAAAAAAUUCUGAAACAAUGCCCCCACCAACACAUACUGCAUUUUCUGGCCAUCAUCUACCAUUUGUUGGUUUUACAUAUACUAGUAGCUGUGUUCUUUCUGAUCGAAGCUGUUUAAGAGUCACAGCUGGUCCCACCUCACUAGAUCUUGAUGUAAAUGUCCAGAGGACUCUAGAUAACAACUUAGCAACUGAAGCUUAUGAAAGAAGAAUUAAGCGUCUGGAACAGGAAAAACUUGAGCUUAGUAGAAAACUUCAAGAGUCAACACAGACUGUUCAAGCUCUGCAGUAUUCAUCUAUCGAUGGUCCACUAACAGCAAGCAAAGAUUUAGAAAUAAAAAACCUGAAAGAGGAGAUUGAAAAACUAAGGAAACAAGCAGCAGAAUCUAGUCAUUUGGAACGGCAGCUUGAAGAAGCUAAUUCUGUGAGACGAGAGCUAGAUGAUGCUGCUAGGCAAAUCAAGGCUUAUGAAAAGCAAAUGAAAACUCUGCAGCAAGAACGAGAAGAGCUAAAUAAGGAACUAGUCCAGGCUAGUGAGCGAUUAAAAAACCAAUCCAAAGAGCUGAAAGACGCACACUGUCAGAGGAAACUGGCCAUGCAGGAAUUCAUGGAGAUCAAUGAGCGACUAACAGAAUUGCACACCCAAAAACAGAAACUUGCUCGCCAUGUCCGAGAUAAGGAAGAAGAGGUGGACCUGGUGAUGCAAAAAGUUGAAAGCUUAAGGCAAGAGCUGCGCAGAACAGAAAGAGCCAAAAAAGAGCUGGAAGUUCACACUGAAGCUCUAGUUGCUGAAGCAUCAAAGGACAGAAAACUGCGUGAGCAGAGUGAGCAUUAUUCUAAACAACUGGAAAAUGAACUGGAAGGACUGAAGCAAAAACAAAUUAGCUACUCACCAGGAGUAUGCAGCAUAGAGCAUCAGCAAGAGAUAACCAAACUGAAAACUGACUUGGAAAAGAAAAGUAUCUUUUAUGAAGAAGAAAUAUCUAAAAGAGAAGGAAUACAUGCAAAUGAGAUUAAAAAUCUGAAGAAGGAACUGCAUGAUUCAGAAGGCCAGCAACUUGCUCUCAACAAAGAAAUUAUGGUUUUAAAAGACAAAUUGGAAAAAACCAGAAGAGAAAGUCAAAGCGAAAGAGAAGAAUUUGAAAAUGAGUUCAAACAACAAUAUGAACGAGAAAAAGUAUUAUUAACUGAAGAAAAUAAAAAGUUAACUAGUGAACUUGAUAAGCUCACUGCUUUGUAUGAGAACAUAAGUUUGCGCAACCAGCACUUAGAAGAAGAGGUCAAAGAUCUAGCAGAGAAGAAAGAAUCGGUUGCACACUGGGAAGCCCAAAUCACAGAAAUAAUUCAGUGGGUGAGUGAUGAAAAGGAUGCACGAGGGUAUCUUCAGGCCUUAGCUUCUAAAAUGACGGAAGAAUUGGAGGCAUUAAGAAAUUCCAGCUUGGGGACACGAGCCACAGAUAUGCCCUGGAAAAUGCGUCGUUUUGCAAAACUGGAUAUGUCAGCUAGGCUAGAGUUGCAGUCAGCUCUGGAUGCAGAAAUAAGAGCCAAACAGGCCAUUCAGGAAGAGCUGAAUAAAGUUAAAGCUUCUAGUAUCAUCACAGAAUGUAAACUAAAAGAUUCUGAGAAGAAGAACUUGGAUCUACUAUCAGAAAUUGAGCAACUGAUAAAGGACACUGAAGAGCUUAGAUCUGAAAAGGGUAUAGCGCACCAAGACUCACAGCACUCUUUCUUGGCAUUUUUGAAUGCGCCUACCGAUGCUCUGGAUCAAUUUGAAGAUUCCUUUUCUUCUUCCUCAUCCUCACUGAUUGAUUUUUUGGAUGACCACUCCCCGUCCUGUACUCCAGCUAGCAAAGGCAGACGUGUUGCAGACUGUGCUCCACUUCCAGUUCACACGCCAACCUUAAGGAAAAAGGGAUGCCCUGGUUCAACUGGCUUUCCACCUAAGCGCAAGACUCACCAGUUUUUCGUAAAAUCUUUUACAACUCCUACAAAAUGCCAUCAGUGCACCUCUUUGAUGGUUGGUCUGAUAAGACAGGGCUGUUCCUGUGAAGUGUGUGGAUUCUCGUGUCAUAUAACUUGUGUGAACAAAGCUCCAACUGCCUGUCCAAUUCCUCCUGAGCAGACAAAAGGUCCACUUGGGAUAGAUCCACAAAAAGGAACAGGAACAGCAUAUGAAGGUCAUGUCAGGAUCCCUAAGCCAGCCGGAGUGAAGAAAGGGUGGCAGAGAGCGCUGGCUGUCGUGUGUGACUUCAAGCUCUUUCUCUACGAUGUUGCUGAAGGAAAGGCAUCCCAGCCCAGCUCUGUCAUUAGUCAAGUGAUUGACAUGAGAGAUGAAGAAUUUUCUGUGAGUUCAGUCUUGGCUUCUGAUGUUAUUCAUGCAAGUCGAAAAGAUAUUCCCUGUAUAUUUAGAGUCACAGCUUCCCAGCUCUCAGCACCUAGUAACAAAUGCUCAGUCCUGCUGCUGGCAGACAGUGAGAGUGAGAAGAGUAAGUGGGUGGGAGUGCUGAGUGAGCUCCACAAGAUUCUGAAGAAAAACAAAUUCAGAGACCGCUCAGUGUAUGUUCCCAAAGAGGCCUAUGACAGCACUCUACCCCUCAUUAAAACAACACAGGCAGCCGCAAUCAUAGAUCAUGAAAGGAUAGCUUUGGGAAAUGAAGAAGGAUUAUUUGUUCUGCAUGUCACUAAAGAUGAAAUUAUUAGAGUUGGUGACAGUAAGAAGAUCCAUCAGAUUGAACUCAUUCCAAGUGACCAGCUUAUGGCUGUGAUUUCAGGAAGAAAUCGUCAUGUGCGACUUUUUCCAAUGUCAGCUUUGGAUGGGCGAGAGACAGAUUUUUACAAGCUGGCAGAAACUAAAGGGUGCCAAACCAUAACUGCUGGGAAAGUGCGCCAUGGAGCUCUGACCUGCCUGUGUGUGGCUAUGAAAAGACAGGUCCUCUGUUACGAACUGCUUCAAAGCAAGACCCGUCACAGGAAAUUUAAGGAAAUUCAAGUUCCAUAUACUGUCCAGUGGAUGGCCAUCUUCAGUGAACAACUCUGUGUGGGAUUCCAGUCGGGAUUUCUCAGAUACCCCUUGAAUGGAGAAGGAAGUCCAUGCAAUAUGCUCCAUUCAAAUGACCACACUCUGUCAUUCAUUGUGCAUCAGCCAAUGGAUGCUAUCUGUGCAGUUGAGAUCUCCAGUAAAGAAUAUCUGCUGUGUUUUAACAGCAUUGGGAUAUACACGGACUGCCAGGGCCGAAGAUCUAGACAGCAGGAAUUGAUGUGGCCAGCAAAUCCUUCCUCUUGCUGUUACAAUGCACCUUAUCUCUCAGUUUAUAGUGAAAAUGCAGUUGAUAUCUUUGAUGUAAACUCCAUGGAAUGGAUACAGACUCUUCCUCUCAAAAAGGUUCGACCAUUAAACACUGAGGGAUCAUUAAAUCUUUUAGGAUUGGAGACCAUCAGAUUAAUAUAUUUCAAAAAUAAGAUGGCAGAAGGGGACGAACUCGUAGUUCCUGAAACAUCAGAUAAUAGUCGGAAGCAAAUGGUUAGAAAUCUCAACAAUAAGCGGCGUUACUCCUUCAGAGUCCCAGAGGAGGAGAGGAUGCAGCAGAGGAGGGAGAUGCUACGAGAUCCAGAAAUGAGAAAUAAAUUAAUUUCUAACCCAACUAAUUUUAACCACAUAGCACACAUGGGUCCUGGAGAUGGAAUACAGAUCCUAAGAGACCUUCCCAUGCCAGGUUUCCCUUAUCCAUCCCCUCAUCACUGCUCCAGCCUGAUCUCCUCUCCGAGCAACUUUGAGCACAUCUAUCACAUGACUGUUAAUUCUGCUGAAAAGUUUCUCUCUCCUGAUUGCAUAAGCCCUGAGUAUUCCCCGUCCCUGCGCUCUGCCCCUGGUACACCACGCUCGGUGCCUCUGAGGAACCCACGGCCUCAGGAAAGUCGGACAGUAUUCAGCGGCUCCGUCAGUAUUCCCUCCAUCACCAAGUCCCGCCCUGAGCCAGGCCGCUCCAUGAGUGCCAGCAGUGGCCUGUCUGCACGGUCCUCCGCUCAGAAUGGCAGUGCACUGAAGAGGGAAUUCUCUGGAGGAAGCUACAAUACAAAGCGACAGCCCAUGCCUUCCCCUUCAGAGGGCUCUCUGUCAUCCGGAGGCAUGGACCAAGGAAGUGACGCCCCUGCGAGGGACUAUGACGGAGAGGAUUCUGAUUCGCCAAGGCAUUCCACAGCUUCCAACAGUUCCAACCUGAGCAGCCCCCCGAGCCCGGUUUCACCCCGAAAGACCAAGAGCCUCUCCCUGGAGAGCACGGACCGAGGGAGCUGGGACCAGUGAGCCCAGGGCCGCCCGGGACGGGCGCGGCCACAGGCAGGGACUCUGCACCCCCACAAUGCACCUGGCAGCAGUGUCGCCUUCCUACAGUCCAGGUGACCAGUCCUCCCGACUGCAGCCGGGCCGCUGCACCCUCCCCACAGGUAGCUUUGUAGACAGACUGUGCAGACGCAGCACUAAGAGUAGACUCAUAGCCCUCACGUAGCCCCAGCAGCCUCCUUGAGCGUCUGCUGACUAUUGCCAGGAAAUCCUCAUGAGUUAAAACUACAUAUUUUACUACAAUACAGAGUUUAAAUACGUAAAUGUAGAAGUUAAAUACUGAAUGUAUAUAGUCAAAGAAGCAUCUUGUAUUCAGUGAAAGAUGAUUGCAUAUAUAAGAAAGAUCGUUUAAUUUAAAGAAUGUGUUGUUUUCUGUCUGUGUCCCAGCUGUCAUGUACAGGGUAAAAAGGCCUCCAGUAGCAUUUGAAAAGAGAGCAGAAGUCAGGUCCCAGUGGUGGGUGCCACCAUCACCUGGAGAGCUGUAAGGAACUUGUGGAGCCUGGUGCCAUCAGUGGGGUGCGCCCUGGACACCAGAGUUAGCAUCACGGCUGCUCCAGCCUCAUCAGAGGCAACAGGCUUCCACACCACCUCCUCUAGUGGUAGAAUUUGAACAUACCUCCUUCCCAUUUGGUAUCUCACACAGGUGAAUGUGAAGGUACAGGUCUAACACCUUCUGACCUUUUCCAUUAGAAAGGACACAAGAAUCACAGCUUCUGAAGAUCAUGAAAUGGUUCACGAAACUGCUUUUUUGCCCCUUCUUGACCAAAUCCUAUCCCUCCCUAGAUUGCAGGUGGGUGUCUGAGCAUAGCCUCUAGAGGAGACUGGUUUGAUUAAGGGUGGGUGUGCGCUUCCUCACAGGAGUCUUGGCUGGGAAGGCAUUUCAUUACUAAAUCAUAAAAACCACAAAAAAACAUGGGCUUGAGCAGCCUUGACCAAAUGUUCCCUCCGUCCUGUGGGAGGGGCUAGAGGAGCCCAAUGCAUAGGUGGGAGGGGAGCCCUAGAGAAAGACAACCCCCCCACCAGUCCCUAGCCCCACCCACCCUGUGGCUCCUAGGGUCAGCUUCCCCUCCUAACCUCUGCUGCACUUCCCCCGGGAAGCAAGGUGUAGAACCAGAGCUUAUUCCCACGUGUCCCUCCAGCUAAGAACACAAGAGAAAAAGGUAGACACGAAAUACCCUGUAUAAAUAAUCUUCCACUUUUACUUUUCACAAAAAGUAGCAAUUUUCUCCCCUGUUUAAACCAUACUUAAAAUGGAAUUAAGCAGUUACCCACCUCACUGACACCUGGCACAGCAAGCCACUUGGCGGGCUGGACUCCCCAGGUGUACUGCCUUAUGAAAGAGGUUGCAGAAUUCAGGGAUAGAAGACUGCAAAGAAAACCCCUCUGAUAGGAGUUUUAAAAGAACAGCUUUGACACGGAACAUUCUGAAUGUGCCACCAGCUCAGAUAUGAGUACGUUUUAAUUUGGACGGGCACUGUGCAACUCUCAUCUCCCAGACACUUUUGCUUUUGGAAAAGAAGUGUCAUCACUUUGUACAUCGGAAUAUCAAGGGUCAGACUUUGAAUUUGGUCAUUGCUGUAUCUGCUUGAACUUGGCAUGAAAGAAUGGGCUCAGCAAGACAAGUGCCUGUCUGGCUCCCCUCCUGUCCUUUUCCCUCAGCCCCACACCCUUCCCUCUCUCCCCUCUUCCCAGGCAGAAAGCUGACCAGGCUGAGACUGACUGGACUCUGCACUGAGCCACUAGUUUGUUGCUUUGACAACUAAUUGUGAAUUUUGUUGCCUACAGGUGAAUGUUUGUAAAAGGACCCUUUUAGAAUCACAGUCUAAACCUACCUAAAGUUCAGCUCCCUGCAGUGAGCCCUGCUGUCCAUAAGGGCUCCUGGAGCUCUUGGUGAGUUUUCCACCGCAGCCACAGAUCCAGGCAUUCUUACAGCUGUCCCCCACCCAAAGUAUGUUAGACACCAGCAGCACUGGGAUGGAACCACAGGGGAGGAGUACUGGGGAGAAUUCUCCUGAGAUAAUGACUGUCUCACUGGACUCAUCCCAGCCUUAUAUGAAGUAUGUUCCUGCCAGAAGCUUUGGAGGGUGAUGGGGGAAGAUGGGCAGCAGGUUUCCGGAGACAGAAACAGAUCCCUCAAGGUGGUCAGUAACAAAGAUCACAGAAAGGUUAUUUAGCUGUCUGAAAUCAUUUUUUCCCCUCCCAUGCAGGAUUUUUUUUUAAUGUGUGUGGCAACAGAAACUAAUUUCUUACUAGGAAGAAAAAAUGCACUUCAGAGGCAUUUCUGGCAUAGUGUCUGUUGGUUCGCUCUUGGUGCUACAGGCCCAGCCCGUUUGUUAUUUACCCUUCAAUUCUGGCUAAUCUGUUGUGUGUUUUUUGGGUGUACAAAAUAUACAUAUUUCUUUUUGCCAAAAACAAAAGCCUUCCUACUUGUCAAAUGAUUGCUAAAGCAGAUUCUACUUUGUUAGUUAUUAAUACACACACACACACACACACACACACACACACACACACACUCUCUCACACACACACACUCCCUACAUUUAGACAUUUGCAUUCUUCUUUCCCAAGGAGCACAGCUUUAAGACUGGGAUACAACUACAAAUGACCCGUCUGUUUGUCUUUCCAACCAGUUCCUGUAGCCAAGCAUCAGGGGAGUAUCUGAAAUUCCUGUCGUGUUUACAGCAACAGUAUGUCAUUCCCACUGGCUCUCAGCCUCUCCGUCCAUACAUUAGAAUUAUGUCAUUUUGUUACUUCAUGACCAUAUCUCUUCUGAGAAAGACCAGCUUAUGUGGAAUCUCAGGUAUCAAAGGAAAGCCAGAGUCGGGGGCACAGACAUCCACUCCCAGAUGCAGCAGGCCAUGCACCAGCCUUGGCAGUGACAUUGAAUUCUCCCCACUUGGGGGCCUGAGUGAGUCCCCCACCCUUUCGCACAGGGGUACUCAGAUCAGCUGACAUUCCUGCUGCAGGUUUGCUAUGGGCCAAGUCCCCUGGGUAUGACAGGGAAUUAAUUGGGACUUCCCACUCCACCUAGCCUUUGCCCUGCCCCUGCCAACCCUGUCAGGCUGCAUGGCAUCUCACUGCACCCUCUUGAGCAGCUCAUUCCUUGUUAAAACCUUCAUUCUUCUCAAGUCCAGAGCUCUCUGUGGAGCCCUGCUGGGUAAGGAGAGCCCUGCUCUGGUAUGUCUCCUGCAGCUCUGGCAGCACUCUGGCGCGUUCUCCCUUCCCAGGGACAAGUUUUACACAGGGCAAGGCUGCAGUCAUGGGAAACGGACCACCGUGUCAGCCUCAAUGUCUCUGAAAACAAAAUGACCUUUUUAUUUGCUAUCAUUUAUUUUAUAAAUUUCUAGGGUUUUUUUUCUCGUUGUAAUAUUACUGUACAGUUUUGCAUGGCCUAGGUGUAAUCAUUUUUGUUUAGCGUAUAACACCAACCAGUGUGUGUGUGUGGAAGGGGUGGAUACUGCUUUGGCCGCCUGUCACUCAUUUGGUUUUAUGCCCUCGAUGUCUUAGGGAGCUUCCUGAGAGAUUAUCUAGUACCAAACUAUAAUGUGGAUUUUUUUGCACAGAAAUGUUUAAAGUGGGAUAGUCAAAAAUGUAACAAAGGAUUCCUCACCAAUAUUUUAUGUUGGUAUCACCUAAUUAACCAGACUUUGAUGUACUGCAAUAAAAUAAGGAACUGUUAGAAUUGA